AUGACAGUUCAAGCUGAAAUUGAUGGAUCAAUAAAAGUGAAAAGUUAUUUACAAGGAAAUCCAGAAAUUCAAUUAGCACUUAACUCUAAUAUAAUCCUUGGUCAAGAUUCAGAAGUUACUGAUGAUCGAUAUGGAAUUAUAUUUGAUGAUUAUAAAUUUCAUGAUUCAGUAGACGUCUCAGGUUUUGAAGAAAAUCGAAGAAUGACAAUAUUUCCACCAGAAGGAUAUCCUAAAAGAAUGGAUGUCACCGUUCGCAUUCGUGCGGAUUUUCCGGAAGAUAAAAUCGCGACCAAAUGUACGAUGAUUGUACCUUUACCACACGUCACUCAAAGUGUUUCAUAUGAACGAUUAAAUGAUAACUCUGGUCAAUCCGCUCAAUAUGAUAAUAAAAUCCAAAAACUUACGGGAUCAGUACCGUUCUUACCUGCCGCUCAGUUAGAAGUUGGACCAAUAAAUCUUGAAUUUGAUAUACAAAAUUACACGUCUUCCAAAAUACAAAUUCGUCGAUUAAAAGUUCAUGAGAAGAAUAAUGCUUUGCCUCCCCAAAGAAGAUGGAUAAGAUUUUAUACCAUCUCGGAAAGUUAUGUUUUUCGUGUUUAA